AUGAGGCUUCUCAGUUUACUGGAUGAAGAGAAAGAAGAAGAGUUACAAAAGGAGAAAGCAAGAGAGUUUAAACUCUAUGAAGCAGCCAUGAAGGGCACUGUAACAUCUCUCCUAAGCCUUCUUCAUGAAGACCCUCUGAUCUUCAACAGAGCCACACCAUCCUCAAUCUCCGAUUCACCGUUGCACGUUUCAGCUCUUCUGGGUCACCUCGAAUUCACUAAAGAACUACUGAGUCGAAAGCCCGAGUUGGUCAAAGCGUUGAACUCAGACGGUUCAUCCGCGCUUCACGUGGCAGCGGCAAAAGGGUACGUGGAGAUAGUGAAAGAACUGUUGGUGGUAAAUCCUGAUAUGGGUUUUGUGUUGGAUCAUAGUGGGAGGACUCCUCUACAUCUGGCUGCGAUCAAAGGACGAGUUGGGGUAUUGACCGAGUUGAUCCGGGUUAAACCGGAGGCGACUCGGAAGUUGACCCGUUGGGGAGAGACUUGUUUGCAUUUGUGUGUGAAAUAUAAUCGUUUGGAGGCUUUGAAGGUUUUGGUGGAAAGCCUAAAGAAAGAUGAUCAGUUUGUUAAUUGGAAGGAUGAAAAUGGUAGCACCAUAUUACAUCUUGCUGUGGCCAAUAAACAGGUCGAG